AUGAAUUUUAAUAUCAAAAACAUUGGAAAUUUAUGGGAUGAGAUUUGUAACUUGAUCAUCCGACCCCAACGAUGUAUCUAUGAACCCUCUAUUGCACUCGGACCUAAAUUAUUUACUCUUGAUAAUCGAAUUUUUGAAAGAAAGGAUUUUCAGUUGACAAACUCGAGAGGAAAAGUUAUUGAAUGCUCACAUUAUCAACCUAUUGAAUCGCAAAGAACAAAGGAAAAGUUACCUUGCGUGAUUUAUUGUCAUGGUAACUGUGGAUCAAGAUGUGAUGCAUUAGACGCUGUCAGUAUUUUACUUCCAUACAAUAUAACAGUGUUUGCUUUUGACUUUACAGGAUCUGGCUUAUCUGAAGGAGAUUAUGUGUCACUUGGAAAUUACGAAAAGCAAGAUGUUGGAACUAUUGUUGAAUAUUUAUGGUCAACCAAGAGGGUGAGUAGAAUUGGCUUGUGGGGCCGAUCGAUGGGUGCUGCUACAUCCAUCAUGUAUGCAUCCAUAGAUCAAAGUAUUGCUGGAAUUGUUGUUGACAGUCCAUUCACAUCUUUGGAAGAUUUAGCAAUGGAACUCGUUCAUUCGUAUCAAUCUUGGAUACCGAAAAAGAUGAUCAAAAUGGGUAUUAAUCUUAUUAGAAAAUCAAUUAUUGGAAAAGCUGGUUUUGAUAUUCGUUCAUGUGCACCUAUUGAAUGUGCUGGCUCCUGUUUUGUUCCUGCACUUUUUGCUCAUGCCGAGAAUGAUGAUUUUAUCAAAAUUCAUCACUCUGAAAAGCUCUAUGAAACCUAUGCAGGUGACAAGAAUAUGAUUCGAUUCGAAGGAGAUCACAAUAGUGCAAGACCCGAUUUUAUGUAUGACUCUGUGUGCAUCUUCUUCUACAAUGUGCUUGUUAGCAAUGAUAAGGAAUUGGAAAAUAAGGAUAUUCCAAAAGGUUCAAUGGCUCACAAGAAUGACGUAGGAGUUGUGACAGAAAAAGGUCGACAAAUUGCUCUUGAACAUGGAGAAGGAGAAUACUUUACUGAUUUUUUAGAUUCUACCUCAGAGUCACCAGCGAAAAAGAACCCUUCUGCAUCCUCAAAAAUUUCCAUACCAAGAGAAGCUGCUCACAAUGACUCCUUCUUCCAAUCACCUUCCUAUCCUCAAAUGAUUGUUCCAAGCUCUCUCAAUGACAAUUAUGAAGGAUUUGGAAAUAGUGACGAAGAUGAAAUGCUCUUCCUAGCUCUCAUUGAAAGUGUCAAAGAAGAGCUCAAUGUCUGUAAGGAUGAAAAUGAACGAAAAGAACUCGAAACUCGAUUGAAAGAGCUCUACGAACAAGCCAAAGUCAAUUCUGCAUUCCUAUAA